UUAGUAAUCUUCAGUAUGAAAUGCUGCUCUUAACUGAUUCCAUUUCAAAAGAGGGAGGAUGCUGGGAGUUACGGCUGCGCUGUGCUCUUAGUCUGUUCCUCAUGUCGGUUAACAUCAAGACUCCCGUUGUGGUGGAGAACAUCACUCUCAUGUGCUUGAAAAUCCUGCAGAAGCUGAUCAAACCCCCUGCCCCCACUAGCAAGAAGAACAAGGAUGCUGCUACCGAAUCCCUGACCACCGUUAGGCCCUACAGUAAUGAAAUCCAUGCUCAGGCCCAAAUGUGGCUCAAGAAGGAUCCCAAAGCUUCAUAUGAGGCCUGGAAAAAAUGCCUCCCUGCAAGAUGCCAUGAGAUGGUAACAAAACCGCAGGGGAAAGGUGAACUGCGAAAACAGUAUCUGAUGGAGAAGUAUGUGUGGAAAUGGAAGCAGUAUAUGAGGUCCAGAAGAGGAGAAAUCCUUUUCCCUCGCCUGCUCAGGCUGAGCCACAACAAUUGGCUGCGGCAGGUCCUUUUCACCCCUGCCACUCAGGCCGCCAGACAGGCAGCUUGCACAAUUGUGGAGGCUCUCACGACAAUCCCCAGCCGCAAACAACAAGUCUUGGGCCUGCUCACAAGUUACCUGGAUGAGCUGAGUUUGGCUGGAGAGUGUGCAGCAGAGUACCUUGGUCUCUACCAAAAGCUCAUCAAACCAACACAUUGGAAGGUUUACUUGGCUGCACGAGGAGUCCUGCCCUACAUUGGCAAUCUCAUCACCAAGGAAAUCGCCAACCUGCUGGCCCUGGAGGAGGCGACGCUGAGCACAGAUUUACAGCAGGGCUAUGCCCUCAAGAGCUUUACUGGAUUACUAUCAUCAUUUGUGGAGGUGGAGUCCAUUAAGCGGCAUUUUAAGAGCCGUCUGGUUGGCACAGUGCUGAACGGCUAUCUGUGUCUGAGAAAGCUGGUGGUGCAGCGCACCAAACUCAUCGAUGAGACUCAGGAUAUGCUGCUGGAGAUGCUGGAGGACAUGACCACGGGCACCGAGUCUGAAACGAAGGCUUUCAUGGCAGUGUGCAUUGAGACUGCGAAGAGAUACAAUUUGGAUGACUACAGAACACCUGUGUUCAUUUUUGAGAGACUGUGUAGCAUCAUUUAUCCUGAGGAAAACGAGGUGACAGAGUUCUUUGUAACCCUGGAAAAAGAUCCCCAGCAAGAGGAUUUCCUUCAAGGUCGCAUGCCUGGAAACCCUUACAGUAGCAACGAGCCAGGCAUCGGCCCCCUUAUGAGGGACAUUAAGAACAAGAUCUGCCAAGACUGCGACCUGGUGGCACUCCUUGAAGAUGAUAGUGGCAUGGAGCUUCUGGUGAACAACAAAAUCAUUAGCUUGGAUCUGUCUGUCGCUGAAGUCUACAAGAAGGUGUGGUGCCCCACAAAUGAGGGUGAGCCAAUGAGAAUCAUUUAUCGAAUGAGAGGUCUGCUGGGCGAUGCAACGGAGGAGUUCAUAGAGUCGCUGGACUCGACCACAGAUGAGGAGGAAGAUGAUGAAGAGGUGUACAAGAUGGCAGGUGUCAUGGCACAGUGUGGUGGACUGGAGUGCAUGCUCAAUCGGCUAUCAGGAAUCAAAGAUUUUAAACAGGGUCGUCAUCUGCUCACAGUAAGCCGCCGUUGCGCUUCCAAUGCAAUGGGAGACUGAACUAUGCUAUA